AUGAUCGAUGGUGAUCUCUCCGAGCAUCCCAUAGAUGGAGUCUGUUUGGAGACCGCUACCAGACUGUUUAUCGCUUACAUUGGGAUUGAAAUGUGUUUAGUCUUUCAUUGGCAUUUGCUCACCCCUCAGGACUAUUCCCAAAAUCAACUCGUCCUACUGUGGAAUACCAAAACCGACUCCCAAACUUCCUUAAGCAGUCGAUCGACAGCAGAUUCGGAGACCGUGCGCCUUUGCGCACCAAAGAAUCCCAUUGGCCCCGCGCGUGAAAUUCGUCCUGCCCCCGGGCAGACUUUCUGCAAGACAGGAAACUCCACUGCGGUGGCACCUCCUUCUUCCUCCUCCUCCACCUCCUCUUCCUCUUCUGAUCAAGUCAAGUGUCUCAUUCUCAACGCUCUCCAGGCCAGAAGCCAGAGCUCAGGAGAGGAGAUCCGAGCUAUUGGUUUUACUGACCCAAGGGCUUCCUGCAAGUCCCUCCAAGGUCACUGGCUAGGCGGCAACGGGGACAAUCCAACCGCUACGGCUCCGCUAUCUGCCCCCCACUCUCAGCGCGCCUAUAGUACCGGUGCCAAGUCUGACUUCGUAAACCCUCCCCCUUCAUCAUCUGCGACCUCGAUGAUGAUUGUCAACCCUCCGCUCUCGCUGCAGUCCCCGCCAGCGACCCAGCGCAUAAUGCCCACACCGAAUAACUUUUCAUCACUCGCGUCAACGAGGAAAUUGUCUCUGGCCGCCUCCUGGAAGCACAUGGCACGGGCUGUUCGCGUGAUGGCAACGGCACUUGGCAGCUAG